AUGGCCAUGGUGCAGUCGGUAGCGCGGCGCGGCGCGAGGUCGGUGGCGACGGCCCAGCUAGGGAUGCACCUCUUCUCCGUGUCCUGCUGCUCACCGGCGGCGCUCGGCGUCGGCACCGCGCGCACGGCUGCCACGUUAAAGAAAGGGGAGAAGGAGGCGGCAAGCUACUGGGGCGUGGCUCCGGCGAGGCUCGUCAAGGAGGACGGCACCGAGUGGAAGUGGCCGUGCUUCAGGCCGUGGGAUGCGUACGAGGCGGACGUGUCCAUCGAUCUGAAGAAGCAGUGGCGUACCCAAGGGGUGUGCCAGAAGCACCACCGGCCGGCCACGUUGGGGGACAAGGUGGCCUUGUGGACUGUCAAGGCGAUGCGCUGGCCCACCGACCUCUUCUUCCAGUCGCUCCGGCGCUUCGAGCAGAGCGGCGGGUGGAUCCGUCCACUGCUAGAGGAGGCCGAGAACGAGCGCAUGCACCUCAUGACCUUCAUGGAGGUGUCCCAGCCGCGGUGGUACGAGCGCGCGCUCGUGGUCGCCGUCCAGGGCGUCUUCUUCCACGCCUACCUCGCCACCUACCUCGCCUCCCCAAAGGUCGCGCACCGCAUGGUGGGGUACCUGGAGGAGGAGGCCGUGCACUCCUACACCGAGUUCCUUCGUGACCUCGAGGCCGGCAAGAUCGACGACGUGCCCGCGCCGACGAGGCGCACCACCGGGACGUCAAACCACUACGCCUCCGACAUACAUUGCCAGGGGCAUGCACUGCGAGAGGUAGCUGCGCCGAUCGGCUACCACUGA